AUGAUAGAUAGGGAGAAACAACGAUCAGCUGAUACUCUUUUUAACUACUCAAGAUUUGUACUUAUGUGUCUAUGGAAUAAUCAACUACGACCAUGUGAAAUGAGAUUGCAUCUAAUGCAGGAGAUUUCUGGCUUGGCCAUUCCAUGGAUGAUGGAUCAUGGCUCAUUUUCCGAUGAUGGAGAGGAUCUUGUUUAUGAUGAUAACAGCGAGGGUGAUGACGCUGACGCCGACGAUGAUGACAGUGACGACGACGACAGUGACGAGGACAAUGAGGACGAGGACGAUGAGGACGAUGACGAUAAUGAUAGAGAUUUCUGGCUUCGUCAUUCCAUGGAAGAUGGGACAUAUAUGUCAUUAUCUAAUGAUGACUAUGAUGGUCUUUGUGUUCAUAACCACGUAAACGACUACAACGAUGAUGAUAAUGACUAA